AUGUCAGGAUUAGAAAUUGCUGCAGCUGCCGUUCUUGGUAGUCAGUUAUUAGAAGCCAAAUAUUUAAUUUCCGAUGAUGUACUGUUGGCCAAAACAGUUGCUCUUAAUGCACUUCCAUAUUUAUGGAAAGCCUCCAGGGGUAAAGCUUCAUAUUGGUAUUUCUUUGAAAAAUCAGUAUUUAAAAAUCCAAAUAAUAAAGCAUUGGCAUUUCCAAGACCAAGAAAGAAUGCACCACCACCAAAGGUUGAUGAUGAAGGAUUUCAAAUUUAUGACGAUCAAUUUGACCUAGAAGAAUAUACCUAUAAGGAAUUGUAUGACAUGGUUUUGAAAUACUCUUACAUUUUGAAACAUGAAUAUGGUGUUACUGCAAAUGAUACUAUUGGUGUUUCUUGUAUGAAUAAACCACUUUUCAUUGUUUUAUGGUUGGCCUUAUGGAAUAUUGGUGCCUUGCCAGCAUUUUUGAAUUUCAACACCAAAGAUAAACCAUUGAUUCACUGUCUUAAAAUUGUCAAUGCUAGUCAAGUUUUCGUUGAUCCUGAUUGUGAUGCUCCAAUCAAAGAUACUGAAUCUCAAAUUAAAGAGGAAUUACCACAUGUUAGAAUAAAUUACAUUGAUGAAUUUGCUUUGUUUGAUAGAUUAAGACUCAAGUCUACUCCAAAAUACAGAGCUGAAGAUAGUACUAGAAGACCAACAGAUACCGAUUCUUCCGCCUGUGCGUUGAUCUAUACAUCAGGUACCACUGGUUUACCAAAAGCAGGUAUCAUGUCUUGGAGAAAAGCAUUCAUGGCUUCUGUUUUCUUUGGCCAUAUUAUGAAAAUUAAGAAUGAUUCCAAUGUUUUAACAGCUAUGCCAUUGUAUCAUUCAACAGCUGCUAUGUUGGGUUUGUGUCCUACUUUAAUUGUUGGUGGUUGUGUUUCUGUUUCUCAAAAAUUCUCAGCCACUUCAUUCUGGACUCAAGCUAGAUUAUGUGGUGCCACACAUAUUCAAUAUGUUGGUGAAGUUUGUCGUUAUUUGUUAAACUCAAAACAUCACCCAGAUCAAGAUAGACACAAUGUUAAAAUUGCCUAUGGUAAUGGAUUACGUCCAGAUAUAUGGUCUGAAUUCAAGAGAAGAUUCCACAUUGAAGGUAUUGGGGAAUUUUAUGCAGCUACUGAAUCUCCAAUUGCCACUACAAACUUACAAUACGGUGAAUAUGGUGUAGGUGCCUGUCGUAAAUAUGGUUCACUUAUUAGUUUAUUGUUAUCUACCCAACAAAAAUUGGCCAAGAUGGAUCCAGAAGAUGAAAGUGAAAUUUAUAAGGAUCCAAAAACUGGAUUUUGUGUUGAAGCUGCAUAUAAUGAACCUGGUGAAUUGUUGAUGAGAAUUUUAAAUCCUAAUGAUAUUCAAAAAUCAUUCCAAGGUUAUUAUGGUAACAAAUCUGCUACCAAUAGCAAAAUUCUCACGAAUGUUUUCAAAAAAGGAGAUGCUUGGUAUAGAAGUGGUGACUUGUUGAAAAUGGAUGAACAUCAAUUGUUGUAUUUUGUUGAUAGAUUGGGUGAUACCUUCCGUUGGAAAUCAGAAAAUGUUUCAGCAACUGAAGUUGAAAAUGAGUUGAUGGGAUCUAAAGCAUUGAAACAAUCUGUUGUUGUUGGUGUUAAAGUUCCAAAUCACGAAGGUAGAGCUUGUUUUGCUGUAUGUGAAGCAAAAGAUGAUUUAACUCAUGAAGAUAUUUUGAAAUUGAUUCAUGGACAUGUUACUAAAUCGUUACCAGUUUAUGCACAACCUGCAUUCAUUAAAAUCGGAUCCAUUGAAGCUUCUCAUAAUCAUAAAGUUCCAAAGAAUCAAUUUAAGAAUCAAAAAUUACCAAAAGGUGAAGAUGGUAAAGACUUGAUUUACUGGUUGAAUGGUGAUAAAUAUCAAGAGUUGACUGAAGAGGAUUGGUCUUUGAUCUGUACUGGUAAAGCCAAAUUGUAA